AUGUCUUCACCCUCAAGAGUUUCCUCCGACCAAGGGCCCGUUCACGAGAUGGCAAAUGUAAAAGAUUUUGACACCGAAGAGCUAAUCGAAUACUUGCAAAGAAAGAAUUUGAAACUUAAAGUAAAGAUGAAAUCACCGGCUCUUAUUUCUAGAGAUAACUUCCGCA